GCGGGGCCGGGGGUCGGGGUUGGUGCCCGAGCGGGAGCGGCGGGACCGGGGGGUGAUUCCGAGUGCCCCCGGUGCCCCCGGUGCCCCCGCACGGCUCCUCCUCCCCCCGGGCAGCGGUGGGGCCCCGCGCGGCCGCCGUGCGGGGCGGGGCGGGCGGCGGAGUUUAAACGCGAACAGGCGGCGGGACCGAACCCCCCUGAGAGCGCCAUGGCGGGCCCGGCCCCCGCCGCCCGGCCCCUCCGGGGACAGUCCUUCUACCUCGACCUGCCCGGCGGGAGGAGCGCCCGGCACCUGGCGGAGGCCAUCGAGCGGCUCGGCGGGGUGACCGAGAGCUUCCUCAGCAAAGAAGUCACGUACGUGGUGUCCAGCAACAAAGAGGCCAAACGGGACAGAGCCAGGACUGGGGAUGGGAAACAGAGCAACCCAACUUCAAGAGACACCAAAGCCACGAGCUCAGGGCCUCCUGCCUCCAGAGGGAACCCACCCAGACCUCACCAGAAGCCACCAGACACUGCCCUGCUGAGCCGGGGGAAGGAGCUGCUGCAGAAGGCCAUGAAGAACCAGGACACCUGCAGUGGCAGCAGCAUCCUCGCCAACGCCCGCCUGUGGGGAGUCCAGAUCCUGCACGUGGAUGAAAUGUUGUCCUAUGCCCAGCAGCUGCUGGGAGCCAUCUCAGGAGUGAGGAAACGCUGCCAGAAGACGGAGGGGAAAUGCUUUGCCUCUGGAUCCAAAAUUCACAAAGGAGGAAGGCUGAAGCCCCCUUUUCUGAAGGUUGAAGACCAGAGCAGGCAAUUCCGGCCCUUCCAUCACCAGUUCCAAAGCUUUCCCGACCUGAACUUCCUGGCUCCCAAAAGCUCCAGCCCAUUUGAGCCUCUGAAAAGCCUCUCGAAUUCCUGCCAAGCCAGGGGGGCAGGGGGCUGUGCCCUGCGCAGUGACGGAGGGAAGAGCCCCCGCUCCACCCCAGUGCCCAGGAAACGGAGGGGAUUCUGUGAGUGCUGCCAGGAGACCUUCGAAGAGCUGCACAAGCACCUCCAGAGCCCCCGGCACCAGCGCUUUGCCCAGGAUGACUCCCAGUACAUCCCUGUGGAUCGUGUCAUCUCCCAGAUCACCAACAGCUUCCUGCAGUGCUCAGACAGGGUGCCACAGUCCUGCCUGGCAGAUGAACAUUUAGUGCCUCAAGCACAUGGUACUGGAGGAGUGGAGAUGCUGACAGAGCUGGGAAAGGAAAAGGAGCAGCCUGAGCAGGGUGCUGUGGAACUGGUAAUGGAUAUGGAGCAGGAUCACGACCUGAAGAUCAAGGGAUGUUCCCCCUGCCUGCCUGGGGACAGGGUCAGAGAUCCCAGAGAAGGAGGGGGGCUGUCAGAACACAGCUCUGUGGGGCUGCCCAGGGGAGCAGAGCUCAGGGGAGGGGUCUGUGCUGCCCCUGGCACCACGGAGGGGGCCGGGCUGGGGGGUGCAGGGCUGGGCUCAGCCCCUGCCCCGGGCUGGGGAUCCUGUGCAGGGGCUGCUCCUGUCACACAGGCAGUUGCUCCUGCAUCUGAACCUCGUGGCCAGCAAUUGCCUGGGUCUGUGAGCCACCCCCCAGAGGCACUGCCUGUCCCCAGGAAGCGCCUGCUGUCCCCUAGCCAGAGCUGCCAGGUGGGGAAGAGGCCCAGGCUGGAGUGGGGGGAGCAGGAGGACCCAGCGCGUGGUGGGCUGGGGGCCCAGGGUGCAGGGCAGAUGUCUGAGCCAGGCCUGCCCGGUGUGACAGAGGCUGCCAGGCUGUCCCUGCACACACAGCUCUGCAGCAGACCUCGUGGCUCCCUGGCUUUGGAUCCGUGCCUGGGCGGGAGCCCUGGGGACCCGGGAUCCCUGGGAGCUGUGGAUCCUGCAGGAGCUGCUGCAGCCAGCACCGUCAGCGAGCGUGGCUGGAGCGGGGCGAGUGUGAGAUCCCAAGGGCAGCAGCUCCAAGGGGACGGUGCCACCCCCGGGAAUGGGAGCAGCCUGGAUCUGGAGAGCACAGUGAGCAGCGGGAGCAGCUGCCCCGCUGGCCGCCCGCCCUCUCCCACACCGCCCGGGGCUGGGGCCAGAUGUUUCUGCUCAGUCUGUGUCAGGGCGGCAGAAAAAGCAGCCCCCGAAGCUCCUGAGCUCCCCGGGCACAGCACAGAGCGGGCACCGUGCCCUGGGCUCCUUCCCCCUCCUGCCCAGAGCACACAGAGCACAGGAGCUGCUCCUGGCGCCGGCAGGAGCUCCUCCGAGUCGGAGUGGGAUGUGCAGCUGCUCCCCCUGCCAACGGGUGUCCAGGGCAGCAGGAUCCCAGCUGUGGACAGGGACGUGCUCCAGAGGACACACGGCAGGGGCGGGGACAGCGGGUACGAGUCCCUGUGCUCGGUGCUCCGGCGGGACCUGGAGCCGGGCUGGGCGGGCCAGGAGAGCGGGAACUGCCGGACCUGCUGCACGGACACCAGAGGAGCCCCUUUCCCUGUAUUUGAGACGUUUUGUGGCAGCUGGACAAGCUAAAACCACCUCCUGGCUGCUCUCUGGACCAAAGUGGGAGAUGAGAAGGGGCUGGAAAGGGAUUUGGCCAAGCCAGCCUCCAUGUCAGGACCAGGAAGCACAUCCAAGAGCUGGAGUGAGGACCAUCAGCAUGAAGUUGGCACCACCAGCAGCUUGGACACUUCCUUCUCUUGUUGGGAACUGGUGGGGAUGCAGUGUCUUCACUGUCCCUGGCUGUGUUCUGGGCUGGGAUCUUCCCUCCUCUCUGCUAGCCAUGUUUAGAGCCAGCAGCUUCCUCUAGCUCCUCAUGGAGCUGCUGACACAGUGGUCCCUCUGGAAGUCUCUCUUCAGCAGGAAUAUGUUCUUUGCCCUUCCAGAGUGAAAGCAGGUGCCAAGACUUGGGAGGGGAGGGUCAUGGGGGUGAGAUUUUUGCUCCUCACAUGGUUUGGGGGGGUUGUCUUUGAGAAUUUACAGAUGUUUUUCACGUGGUUUUAACAUGGUUUGUUUGGUGUUUUUAGCAAACUUUUAAACUUUGUAAUAAAGUGGAAGGUGAGAUCCUGCUCUGCCAUACA